CAUUCCGGUGACGGCAAGGACACAGUGAACAUCUUCCGUGCCGGCUUGUAUUCGCCUUCCAGUACCACUUCUAGUCAGCAGCCGCCGCCAUGGUCCGCCGAGUUACAGUGGUGGUGCUCGUCGCCUCCCUCGCCCUGGCCGCCUGUCAGACCUUCCAGUACAGCAGAGGCUGGACGAACGGGCGGAAAAGGUCCACUGAGUUGGGCGGCGUGGUGGGAGUAGCCAGCGGGCGGCGUGCGGGCGUGGACUUCGUGGCAGCAGACCCCCGCCGCAGCCUACAGCAGCAGACCCCCGCCCCCCGCCGCCCCCUGCCCCGGGACAUUGAGGAGAGGCUGCGAGCGGUGGAGGCGGGAGUGAGUGCCCUUCUUCGCGCCGCCCAGCAGAACCCCGAGGCAGCAGCAGCAGCAGUAGCAGGGGAGCAGGACUACUAUGCCCAGAAUUAACCCUGCCAUACCCAGAGAAAACCCAGGGACGCAUCACAACGCUCUCUACACCCUACAACACCCGCUACACCCAGAAAAUACCCAGAAAGGUAUAAAUAUACUUCCUUCUACCUUCACAACACACACUGCACUCAAAACAAACCCAACACUCAUAACAUCCUCACAACACCCAUUACUUCCCUCACAACGUCCAUUACACCCUCACAUUCCCCCAAAAACACCCGAAACAACAUCCAAACUGCCACACCGCGAUACACAAAACACACACACACACACAUUCUCACCUCUUUUUCUCUCCGAUACCUGAAGAAACGCACGCACUCUCCUGAAGAAGUGAAGAGAGAGGAGGUGUUGUAACGAGACGCCGCUGUGUGUGUAUGUGUGUGUGUGUGUGCGUGUGUGCGUGUGUGCGGAUCACUCAGUCGUCUGUGGAGAGAAGAAUUAUUACUGGUUGAUGUCAUUAUGAUGUCAGGAAGGUGAUAAUAAUAAAUAUAUACCUUUAUCUAUA